UUUUCUUUUUCCCUAUUUUUUCUUUGUCAAAAACUAUGAACUGCCUCACAUUCCCAGUUUCAGACACUAAACAGACUUUGAAAAUCUUAUCUUUUUCCCUUGUCUUAAAAUGAAUGUGUUUCUCAAACAAAACCAGUUCAGUUUAAACCCUUUUUUCUUGUUUCCAAGGCUGUUUUUCCUUUAAUAAGUUCAACAACUGGCAAAAACUAUUAUUUCGUGUGUAUUAUCCUGGUGAAUCCUUUGUUAACCGGUUAAGAUUUUCUCGUUCUUCGAGAUUCCUUGGUCUGUCAUGCAGACUGAGCUUAAAAGAGUGAAUGAAAUGAGAUUUCAUGGAAGCAAAAACAAGUUGUUCGUUUGUUAUUUAUCUGCCAUUCUGCACAGGAAAUGUUUGACCACGAUUGUACAUGCUGCUGGGGAGGAGAUCUUGGAAGUAACUAGUAAUUGUUUUAUAAAAUGGACAAAAUUGGGAAGCUACAGCAUAUUUCAUCUCUGAGUGAAAACAAGGCUUCAAAAUGCUGUAGAUACUCUGAAGGUUGAAGAGAGAAGUGUUCUGAUCUGUCAGCAAAAGUUGGUUCAAUUGUUCAGCUACAUUCAAGUAUAAGUGGAGCUUUAAAGACUUUCCAGACAGCAAGAUAUGUUCUGUCUUAUCCAAUUUAUUCAUUUGGUACACGUUUAAAAUGAAAAUCCCUUUUACCAGUCUAGUAUGAACUUCUGCUGGUGUCAUAGUCUUACUGCCGAGGUAUUCUGCGACAGCUGAUCGUUUGUCUUACAGCAAAUACCCUCGUUUAGGACAAGUUAAAGGUUAAUGGCAUACUGAAAAUUAAGCAAAUAGCUGCAUUGGUUCAUGAAAAGUGGAUCCUGCAAAUGGUUCAAAAAUCACCCAGUUGGUUCAUGUUUUGAAGUUUGGUAUUUUGUUGAGACUUUUAGAGAACAAUUCUGUUGCAUCCGAAGCUGAAAGAGCUCAACGUCUGUUAUUGCAGGGAAGAUUUCAGGACUGCUUAAUGCUUAUCUUUCCUCCUAUAAAAAGUGUAUUGCAGCCAUAACCUGAGACUGAGAGCGGAGCAAAAUGCAUUGGCAGUGAAAUGGAGAUAUUGUGUGACAUGACUUAAAGAUACCAAAUUGCCAUUAUUUGUACCUUAGCAUUUUACUAGAGUGGCUGAGAAGGAGGUUCUAGUUGUUUGGAGCUUCUUCAUUACUUUCCCUAUGUCUUUAUGCCUUCCUGUCUCAUAGUUAUGGCUUUUUUUUAUUAUUAUAAAGCCGUUUUUCUUGUCAUACAAAUAUUUGGGAGGUAAAAUAUAAUGAAACAAGGCCUAAUUUUAGAGACGAUCCUAUAUGCUGUAGGCUGUAGCUUACUCCGAGUCAUUUUACUUAGGAUAUGUAUCUAUCUCAUUUUGCAAACACACAUGUACACAUGUAACUGUCUUUUCUAACAUUUCUUGUCAAUUUAAUCUUCUUUUUGGAGAUGUUACUUAUAUUGUCCCGGUGCAUGCAGGUUUGAAUAUGUUGAUUUUGAGCUGUGCAUAAGUGAAGCUGACACUGGAAGAGAGUGACUUCUAAAAGAUCUUCUGCACAUACUCCUUCAGCAAGUUUUCGCUCUCAAUAACGGUAGCAUUUUCUACUACUGUCCAGCUUAAUUGAGUAUCAAGGGGUUGGUAUAAUUGGUUUCCGAGACUUCCUUUAUGCUCCAGUAAAAUAUAAUUGGCGUUUCAAUAAUUUAUUAAAAUGGAGGUUAAAGAAGAAGAGAGGAUAGUCAUAGCUAAACCAGUAGCUUCAAGGCCUACUUGUUCCAGAUUCAAGUCUUUCUCAGAGCUCCUUGCGGGGGCCGAUAAUGCAUCACCCCCUAAUACCUGUUCUGAAAAUGUAGUUUCUGCAAUUAGACCAAAGACGGUUAGGUUCAAGCCAAUGGUGAAUCGUGCUCCAUCUGCUGUGAUUUCUUCCCAGGCAGAGCUCUCUGGGAUAGGUGUUUCUAAUUUAUCCGAUAAGGCUUUAAAAUCAGAUGUCAAGCCUACUGUAGUUUACAAACCACUGGCAAAGCUUGUAUCAAAGACGACUGCUUCUCUCUUGGCAAACAUGGGAAAUUUCAGUGCUAGCAAUCAACCAACACUGCAACCAACAGAGGCACCAGCUCAACAUGCAAACCAAGAGAAAAAGAAUUUCAGAACCCAAGUUAGUCCAAAUCUUCAUCAGAAUACUCCAUCACAUGGAGAAACAGAUCAGAUAAGUGAACCCUCGAAGGCAGCAUCUCAGAACAUAGAAGAGGAUCCAAAAAUGUUACCAGCUGCAGCAAAUGCUGAUAGACCUUCUUAUGAUGGUUAUAAUUGGAGGAAAUAUGGACAAAAGCAAGUGAAAGGAAGUGAAUAUCCGCGAAGCUACUAUAAGUGUACACACCCAAAUUGUCCUGUAAAAAAGAAAGUGGAAAGAUCAUUUGAUGGUCAAAUAGCUGAAAUUGUCUACAAGGGUGAACACAAUCAUUCAAAGCCUCAGCCUCCCAAACGAAAUUCAUCAGGGAACCAAGGGUUUGGAUUUACUUCCGACGGGACUGGUCAAGAUACCAACAACUCAUUGCUGAGUAAAAAUCCUAAUGAAAAGAAUGAAGGUUCCGAAGAAAGAGUUGAAAAUCAGAAUGAAAUCAGGUCGUAUGCUCCCCUAUCUUAUCAAGGCAAAGCUCUGCUACACUAUGAACAUGUUACCACUGGAGCUCUUAAUGCCGGUGGAACUUCUGAAAAUUCCAUUGGUCUUAGUGGGGAAUGCGAGGAAGGAAGCAAGGUGGGAGAAGAUGAUCAACCUAGAAGUAAAAGAAGGAAAAGUGAGAAUCAAUCCAGUGAAGUGGGCACCUCAGGAGAAGGCAUCCAAGAACCUCGUGUUGUAGUGCAAAGUUCUAACGAUUCUGAGAUCAUGGGAGAUGGCUUUCGCUGGAGAAAAUACGGGCAGAAGGUGGUGAAGGGAAAUCCAAAUCCCAGAAGUUACUACAGAUGCACUAGUCAAAAAUGCAAUGUCCGCAAGCAUGUGGAAAGAGCAUCAGAUGAUCCGAGGGCUUUCGUUACAACAUACGAAGGUAAACAUAACCAUGAGAUGCCACUUAGGAACACAAAUCCUGUGGCCUCUGAUCCAGAUUCCAACUCACCUGCUACUAAAGACAAGAGAUGAUAGCAACUGAAGAAGGUAUAGUUUCUGACUCGAUAUUUGUUCUGAUAAAGGCUCUUUAGGACUGAAAAGGCACCAGAACCAAAGCCCUGAAAGUGACUGAAGCUUACAAUAUAUAUGACUUUCUGCAACUAAGGCUGCUCAAUGAGGGCAGUUUUUUUAAUGCUGCCUGCCUUCAGCUUAUUACAUUAUUUUCUUUUAUUUUUUUUAAUUAAUUGUUUUCCCUAUUAUCAAAUAAGUAAAAACUUUGCACAUCUAAUAUGUGAUAUAUCAGCAUUAUCUUAUUUCGGUUUUAAGAUAUCUUGCAACAACUUAAGUGAUCAAUCCUAACUUCUGGUAAUUAUACCAAGAAU